UCAGAUCUUCCCAGAUCCUUCAGACUUUGAGCGCUGCUGCAAACUCAAGGACAGACUCCCCUCCAUUGUGGUGGAGCCCACAGAGGGGGACGUGGAGAGCGGGGAGCUGCGAUGGCCCCCGGAGGAGUUCCUGGUGGAGGAGGAGAAGCAAUCCGGCUGCGACCCGACACAGGAGAACAAGGAGCAGUAACUCCUCUUCUGGCAACAGAAUAAAUACUUUCCCAUUUGGCAGUGAAGUCAAUCUUGUGGCUCGACUAGGAAUUUGUUAAAGAAUUUUCUUGAGUACAAAUUCCAAACAAAUGCACCUGUGAGACUUUUUUCAUUUUUCUUUGAACUUUUUGUGGAGGAAUCCCAUGAAAACGCACGGAUCUGGAAGAAGUGUUUUUGCUUUCUUUUCUUUAGAGAUUACUAUGUGGAGUCGUUUCCCGAGCCUAGAACACCAGUGAUGUUCCUUCGAGUUGCUGAGACAACUGAAGAUGGAAUGCGUAUGGAAGGCCAGGAACUAGU